AUAAAGGUGAACAAAGGAACAAGGAAAUUAGGGAAGUAUGAGGUUGGUCGAACAAUUGGAGAAGGAACAUUCGCCAAAGUCAAGUUUGCGCAGAAUACAGACAGCGGUGAGAGCGUGGCCAUGAAAGUUUUGGCCAAAACCACCAUUCUUAAGCACAGAAUGGUUGAUCAGAUUAAAAGAGAGAUAUCCAUAAUGAAGAUUGUUAGACAUCCUAACAUGGUUACGUUGCAUGAGGUUUUGGCAAGUAGGACAAAGAUAUAUAUUAUUCUUGAGUUUUUAAGUGGAGGAGAACUCUUUGAUAAAAUUGUUCCUGGUGGAAGACUUCCGGAGAACGAAUGUAGGUGAUACUUUCAACAGCUUAUUGAUGCUGUUGCUCAUUGUCACAGUAAGGGUGUAUACCACAGAGACCUAAAGCCUGAAAAUCUUCUUCUUGACUCCUAUGGAAAUUUGAAGGUUUCUGACUUUGGACUGAGUGCGUUGCCCGAGCAAGGGGUUAAACUUCUCCAUACAACAUGUGGAACCCCAAAUUAUGUUGCACCAGAGGUGCUCAGCAACCUGGGUUAUGAUGGUGUGGCUGCUGAUGUGUGGUCAUGUGGAGUCAUUCUCUUUGUUAUAAUGGCUGGGUAUCUCCCAUUUGAUGGGACAGACCUUCCUACCUUGUACACAAAGGUUAAUGCUGCUCAAUUUUCUUGUCCAUAUUGGUUUUCUCCUGGGGCAAAAUCAUUAAUAGAGAAGAUCCUUGAUCCCAAUCCUAGAACUCGUGUUCAGAUUGAGGGAAUUAAAAAAGAUCCAUGGUUUCAGAAGCAUUAUGUGCCUGUGAGACCUAGAGAAGAAGAAGUGAAUUUGGAUGAUGUCCAUGCAGUUUUUUAUGACAUUGAGAAUCAGUACGCUGUUGAGCAGUCCGCAGUCAAUGAGGGGGGUCCCCUGAUAAUGAAUGCAUUUGAGUUGAUUACGCUAUCCCAAGGCUUGAACCUGUCAGCAUUGUUUGACAGGCGGCAGGAUUAUGUAAAACGGCAAACUCGUUUUGUAUCACGCAAACCAGCAAGAGUUGUAAUGCAAACUCGUUUUGUAUCACGCAAACCAGCAAGAGUUGUAAUAUCAAGUGUUGAAGCUGUUGCAGAAUCAAUGGGUCUCAAGGUUCAUACACGUAAUUACAAGACAAGACUUGAGGGAAUAUCUGCUAAUAAGGUUGGGCAAUUUGCAGUUGUCCUGGAGGUUUUUGAAGUUGCACCAUCAAUAUUCAUGGUAGAUGUUCGAAAAUCUGCUGGAGAUACUCUUGAAUAUCACGAGUUCUACAAGAAUUUCUGUGCUAAACUUGGAAAUAUCAUCUGGAAACCGAUGGAGGGUCUUGCAAAUCCUAGUCUUCUUAGAACAAUGACUUGCUGAUCCAUUUUUUGUGGAUGUGAUUCAAAUCAGUGAAAGAAGAUGGACCAAGAAGCUAUGUCUCUGCUAAGCUUUCCCAACCAGCCGUCUUGCUAUAAUAUUGUGUCUGAUGCGUACGUGUCAGUUUCCGGGUUUAUGGAUCAUGCUAUCCUUGCUACAUGCAGGAUUAAAGAAUUUAUUACUCCUCGUUGACAUAUAGGCUCUGUCUCUUCCUCCACUUCCUUUCCCUCCUACCAUAUGGGGCGAGGCUGUCCCUUGUAAUAAUUUUUAUCUUUUUGUAGCAAAGUUCACGUGUUAAUGUCUCGUCUGUAUUCAAUGGUAUGAUGUGUAACUGCAAUAAUAAUUCAGAGUAAAGCUCCAUCUCCAUGCCGUAAAUGGAACUGUCUCCACUCCUUGGAUUUCAGUUUUCACUGCUCUUUACUACCAUUGACUGUUAACUAGAUUAGCAGCAAUCCGCAGCACUGUUUGCCACUGCUAACAAUGCUGUACCUACACUUUUACAAAACCCUAUGUUAUAACUUUAACGUACGCCAUUGUCUGAAAAAAGUUGCACAAGAUUAGUUGAAUGUUAUCUUCUUUUAAAGGUGAUUACUUAAUUAAUUUUGGGGUUCAAUACCAUCAUUAUUAAGUCUACGAUUCUCCCAAUUGCUCCACUCUUGCACCUCCAAAAGCAUAUUCAUAGUGGCUGUUAUUUACCAGGAUUCUGAUCCGUUGCCAUUAAAACCACCUUUGUUACCAUAAACACUGCUGCAAUCAUUGUCAAACACACCAAUUUCGUUUUACGUUUUGACCUACAAAUUCAAGCUUUUUAAAUUCUCAAGUUGCUUUAAAACAUCUCGGAAGAGAAUAUUAAAAACUUAAAGAGUCAGUGAGGCUGCAAAGUUUUUGUUUCUUUGUUUUUCCCCAGAAAUCGCCAUUUGCCCUCUUCAAUAAAGGAUGGUCCAACAGUUGUAACUAGUACUAGGACUACUACUACUAUUAGCCAACAGGGCUACCCGUAGUGCCGAUAGCCCUUCACCAGGAAUCAGCCAUGUGGUCUGCAUUUUUUUACCUAUGCCUAUCAUUAAAUAGCCUUCUGAAAUUGUGAAUUCUUUAGCAUUUAGGGGAAACCGUGCCACAAUUCUGACUUC